CAGCUGUCUACUAUCAUUGACUUUUUGACCUUGGCUGAACGACUGUUACUGUUGUGCAAAAACACAAACUAUUUGUUUUGUUGUUGUGUAUAUGUGUAUAUUAAACUCCUAAAAAUGGAGCCAAAUGUAAAUAUUAUGGAACGACAGGGAAGUUGCCUGCUUCUACGAUCUGCUAGUCAAAAUUCCUUGGAUGAAAGUUCCCAAAAACAUAUCUCGCAAAUUCAUCCUCAUACAAAGGAAAGGCCACCCUACAGGAACCACCUGCACACUCAAAAGGCUUUUGAUGUUAUGAAUGUUAUGAGGAAGCAAAAGUUGCUAUGCGAUGUAGUUCUAGUAGCAGGUGAUGCAGAGAUAGCAGCACACAAAAUGGUACUGGCUGCCUGCUCUUCUUACUUCUAUGCAAUGUUUUCUAGUUUUGAAGAAAGCCGACAAGAUAGAAUAGUUUUGCAAGAAGUUGAUCAGCAAGCACUAAUGCUAUUAAUAGAAUACAUUUAUACUUCUGAAGUUAGUGUAACAGAGGACAAUGUGCAAGUAUUAUUACCAGCAGCUAACUUGUUGCAACUUACAGAUGUCAGAGAUGCCUGUUGUGAUUUUUUACAAGCUCAGCUACAUCCCACUAACUGUUUAGGAAUUAGAGCAUUUGCGGAUUUGCAUGGGUGUUUAGAGUUACUCUCUCAUGCUGAAUCGUAUAUUGAACUACAUUUCUCAGAGGUUGUAGAAUGUGAAGAAUUUUUAACACUCUCACAUCUUCAAGUAUCCAAACUAAUAAGUAGUGAUAGACUGACAGUACCUUCUGAAGAAAAAGUUUUCGAAUGUGUUGUAGCUUGGGUACAAAACGACUUAGACAAUAGAAGAAACCAUCUUUCGUCCCUUAUGGAAUAUGUAAGGUUACCGCUUAUGUCUCAAGAAUACUUAGUUCAGAGAGUAGAAGAGGAACCAUUGCUAAAAACAGAUCUGCAGUGUAAAGAUUAUAUCAUAGAAGCUUUAAAGUAUCAUCUGCUAAAGGGGGACAACAAGACGUCUUUUAGGACACCAAGGACUAAACCACGGCAACCAGUUGGUCUACCUAAGGUCCUGCUAGUAGUCGGCGGCCAAGCUCCCAAAGCAAUCCGCAGCGUCGAGAGUUACGACUUCAAAGAAGAAAGAUGGUACCAAGUAGCUGAGAUGCCCACCCGUAGAUGUAGAGCUGGUUUGGCCGUUUUGGGCGGCAAAGUGUAUGCCGUUGGUGGCUUCAACGGUUCUCUCAGAGUGAAAACAGUGGACGUUUAUGAUCCUGCGCUGGACGUAUGGACAAGUUGCGAGAGCAUGGAGGCUCGGAGGUCCACCCUUGGCGUGUCUGUACUCAACAACUGCAUAUAUGCUGUAGGAGGAUUUGACGGUUCUACAGGGUUGAACAGCGCCGAAAUGUUUGAUCCACAAACAGGCAAAUGGCGUAUAAUAUCUUCGAUGUCGAUCCGUCGUAGCAGCGUAGGUGUAGGUGUUCUUUAUGGCCAGCUAUAUGCCGUCGGUGGUUACGAUGGCGCUUCUAGACAGUGCUUAAGUUCCGUUGAAUGCUAUACUCCAGAGACUGACACUUGGACUAUGGUACCUGAUAUGUGCUGUAGAAGAAGUGGGGCUGGCGUAGGUGUUUUAGACGGCAUCCUCUAUGCAGUAGGCGGUCAUGACGGCCCAUUAGUUCGAAAGUCAGUCGAAGCCUACGACCCAGCCAAGUGUAAAUGGAUCGCAGUUACAGAUAUGGCUCUAUGCAGGCGCAACGCUGGCGUUGUCGCGAUGAACGGACUUCUUUAUGUGGUGGGUGGUGAUGAUGGAUCUAGUAAUUUGAAUUCGGUUGAAGUGUAUAACCCAAAAACGGACUGCUGGAUCAUGUUAUCCAGUUCUAUGAGUAUUGGACGUAGCUAUGCGGGCGUGGCGAUCAUUGAUAAACCGAUAUGAAGGUUGCCGAGUGCUGGCAGUGGUGGAGAUCUAGGUGAAAAGUACGUCGAUGAAUGUAGCAACGCCGAAGGAGCCGUAGGUUACGAAUCUCAACAAUUGGCAUCUUUAUACCAAGGAAACAUCUACGAAACCAUUUGCAACGACCACAACGAUCCCAACGCCAGCACCAACCCAACCUCAAGCCAGAAAUCCGAAAACAUUUACGAAACAAUCGAAGAUCUUAGAGCCGGCAUGGGGGCAGCGAAUCCCCAUCCCGUUUUAGAAGAACCUCCUUACGACCUGAACCAAGAUCAACCUAGUUGCAGCAGCACCUACGGACGUAUCGGUAACGCAUACGGACGAAUCGAUAUUAUCGGCCACGGCAUAGGACGAAUCGAACGCCAUCUCUCUUCCUCAUGUGGUUCUAUCAACAGCAAUCACUACGCUAUAGAAAAUCUCUAUGGAACCAAAGAUCAUACAGGACGGAUCAGUAAGGUAUCGGUACAGUGGUUGUUGGCCAAUAAAUG